ACAGCGAAGAAGAAUUCUGACAGCGAAGAAGAAAGCUCCCAGCUGUUGACGUAUCAGAAGCCUCACGAGAGCUGCAUCGCUCACAUAUUAAUGUUAAAAAAACGUCAAACGUGUAUGUAAAACGGUCAUGAUUAUCUUAUUGUACUUGAUAGCUGCUGCUAUCCUCUCUGUGUUGCUGUUGUUUGCUGUGAAGUUGCGGAAAAGGACGCAGCAAGCUGACAGAGAACAUGAACAAGCUGUUGUCAGACCGCCAGGCGUCCGUCCACGGGCUGCUGUGGAGGAACGAGGAGCAGGGAUGCCGCGUAGGAGGAAUCUUGCAAGGGCUAUGGCCAACAGAAGAUCACAGCGAGAACCAGUGGAGCUUGAAGGAGAUCGAGUGCAGCAGUAUCAGGAGGAUGAUGAUGAUGAGGAGGAGGCAGAAGAGCAGAGCUUCCAGCCAACUGUAAAAAUUGGAGCCAAAAAACAAAGGAAGCUGGAAGAAAAACAGGCAAAGAAAGCCCAGCGAGAGGCUGAACUUGAGGAGCGUGAAGAAAGGAAGAAGAUGCAAGAGCUCAGAGACGAAGAGAGACGACAGGAGGAGGAGAAAGAACGGCUAUUGGAAAAGAAACAGGAAGAGGAUGAGCGUCGAGCCAAAGAGGAGCAGGAGAAACGGGAGGAGGAGGAGUACCUCAGGCUCAAAGCUUCCUUUGUUGUGGAAGACCAGGGUGAGGAAGAGCAGCUGUCUGAAGACCAGUCACGUAACCUACUCCAAGAAUUCAUCGAUUACAUAGAGAGCUCUAAAGUUGUUCUACUGGAGGACUUGGCCUCUCAUUUUGGAAUGAGAACAGUGGAUGCUAUUGCCAGACUGCAGGACCUGCUAGCGGAAGGUUCCCUCACAGGGGUCAUUGAUGACAGGGGAAAGUUUAUCUCCAUCACUCAAGCAGAAUUGGACGCAGUGGCUCAGUUCAUCAAUCAAAGAGGUCGAGUUUCUAUCACAGAGUUGGCCCAGGCCAGCAACACUCUGAUCAAUUUGAAACCAGAGAACCGCAACACUGCCUGACAGACAUGAUGUCAUAAUUGGUCACAGUGAGCUCAUAUCUUCAUGGAGGGCUUUAUCAGACACUGUCCAAUAUUAGAACGUUUCUUUUGAAUGUUGGCACGGGACGGUGGACCUUCUUCUCCAAACCAAACAAGUUCUCUAAAAAAAAGUAAGUCCCAUCCAUUCGAAAUCACCAGGUGUGGUAUGGGAGAUUCAGAAAAUUAUUGACUACAAAUAACCUUUUUAUUCAUCUAUCCAUGCCAGCGACAUAUAGGAGAACAAUGACAAAAGAGGUGACAGCUAUUAAAAAGAUUUAUUUCUUUAA